AUGUUGGUGUUUGAAGGGGCUGCAGAGGUGAGGCUGGUGAAUGGCGGCAGGCGCUGUGCUGGAAGAGUGGAGGUGAAACACGGUGGCAAGUGGGGGACUGUGUGUAGUCACUACUGGAGCAUGAACGAUGCAGUGGUGGUUUGUAAGCAGCUGGGCUGUGGGUCUGCUGUUGGAGCUCCUCAGUAUGGAUACUUUGGGCCAGGAUCUGGCCCCAUUUGGAUGGAUGCUGUUGACUGUAAAGGCACCGAGUCUGCCCUGUCUGACUGCAAACACAGAGGAUGGGGUAAACAUAACUGUGACCACAGUGAGGAUGCUGGAGUGAUCUGUUCAGGAUUUGUCCGGCUGGUGGAAGGGAAGAGACACUGCUCAGGACGUGUGGAGAUCCGACGGGGACCGGUGGAAAACUGUGAUUCACACUUUGGUCCCAAAGCUGCUGAUGUGGUCUGCAGGGAGUUGCAGUGCGGCGUGGCCCUGCCUGUCGCUGGGCCAGCUCACUUUGGAGAAGGGGUCAGUCCCAUCUGGGAUGGAGAGCUGCAGUGUGUGGGGAAUGAAUCCCGCCUCAUCUCCUGCCGCAGAGGGUCCUCCAGGGACCAGCCCUGCACCCACGCGAACAGCGCUGUUGUCACCUGCACACCAUACACAGGAUUCAGGCUGGUGAACGGCAGCACAGCGUGUGCAGGGAGGGUAGAGGUCCAGGUGUCGGGGACCUGGGGGAGCCUCUGUGCCUCCCGCUGGGAUCUCUCGGAUGCCCACGUUCUCUGUCGUCAACUCAACUGUGGGUUUGCUGAGUCCAUUCCUGGAGGAGAGCAUUUUGGGAGAGAGACUGGCCCCAUCUGGAGAGACUCAUUCCACUGUGACGGGACAGAAGCCCAUCUGGGACAGUGCCCAGUGAUCACCCUGGGAGCCUCACCAUGCUCCCACGGGAACAACGCUGUUGUCGUUUGCUCAGGCUCAGCCAGCUUUGCAUCCCUGCGGCUGGUGGGUGGAGAGAGCCGGUGCGACGGACGAGUGGAGAUCUUCCAGCAUGGGACGUGGGGCAGAGUCCUGGAUGACCAGUGGGACGUGCAGGAGGCCAGUGUGGUGUGCCGGCAGCUGCGGUGUGGAGAGGCAGGGACAGCCUACAACCCCCCAAAGCCUGAGCGAGGGACGGGUCCCGUGGGGCUGCAAGGCGUCUGGUGUGCAGGGCACGAGGCCAGCCUGGCCUUCUGCAACACCUCCCUGCUCGAGAGUGCACCGGCGGCAGGGGUAGCAGAGGAUGUGGGAGUCAUUUGCUGGGGGAGCCGGAGGGUCCGGCUGGUGAAUGGGACCGGGCGCUGUGCUGGGAGAGUGGAGAUCUACUACCAGGGCAUCUGGGGGACUGUCUGUGACGAUGGCUGGGACCUGUCUGAUGCCACCGUCGUUUGUCACCAGCUGGGCUGUGGAGGGGCAGUGGAGGCAGCCGGCUCCGCUCAGUCUGGGGAAGGCUCCGGGCAGAUCUGGCUGGAUGGCGUGAACUGCUCUGGGGCCGAAGCUGCUCUCUGGGACUGCCCUGCCAGGCCCUGGGGGCAGCACGACUGCGGGCACAAAGAGGAUGCGGGAGUCAUCUGCUCAGAGUUCAUGGCCCUGAGGCUGGAGAACAGUGAUGGCUGCUCCGGGCGCCUGCAGGUUUUCUACAACGGAACGUGGGGCAGCAUUUGCUCCAACUUGAUGACUCUCGACACGGUGUCACUGGCAUGCAAGGAGCUGGGCUGCGGGAACGGAGGAUCCCUGGAAACACAGCUGCCUUCUGGCAAUAUGUCUGGCCCUACGUGGCUGGAUAAGGUGCGGUGUGGGGAGAAAACCAGCUCCUUCUGGCAGUGUCCCUCUGCUCCCUGGAACCCACAGUCAUGUGAAGACCCAGAAGAGGAGGCCCACAUCACCUGCAAUGACAGGGAGAAGAUUCGUGCCGUGGGAGGUGAGGACAGGUGCUCGGGCAGAGUGGAGGUCUGGCACCGUGGCUCUUGGGGGACGGUGUGCGACGACUCCUGGGACAUGCGGGAUGCUGAGGUGGCGUGCAGGCAGCUGGGCUGUGGCCCCGCGGUGUCUGCCCUGCAUGAGGCUGCGUUUGGGAUGGGGACGGGCCCCAUCUGGCUGGAGCAGGUGGAGUGCCGUGGGACAGAGCUGUCUCUGCAGGACUGCUGGGCCCGGCCUGGGGAUGGCGGUGCUUGCCGGCACAAGGAAGAUGCUGGUGUGAACUGCUCAGAUUCCCCCCAGGGCCGUCUGAGUGGCAGCGGGAGAGUCUCAGUGCCCGUCAUCAUCUGCAUCAUCCUGGGGGCCCUUCUCUGCCUGCUCCUGGCCCUCCUGGCUGGGCAAGCACUAAGCACCAGGGCUGGGUGCAGAGGCUCCAGGAGUGCUCAGGAGCCCUUCCCUGAGGCCCUGUACGAGGAGAUUGGUUACAGCCCAGCGUGGGAGAAGCAGGCGAGGUUUGGUCGCUCAGGCUCCUAUUCAGAGGAGUCCCUGACCCAGCUGCAGUCCUACCCUGGGGUCAGCGAGGAGGAGGAUGGUCUGGGAUCAGCAGCAGAUGUUCUUGUCCCACCUGGAGGUGACCCAGCAGAUGGUUAUGAUGAUGCCAGGGAGGUUUCUGAUCCCACGGAGGAUGUUGCCCCUGGGCAGGGAGAGAGGGAAAUGCCCAGGGAGCCAGAGGAGGGAGCAGAGCCCAGGGAUGCACCCGGAGGGGCCAGCCUGCGCUCCUGGACAAGUGCUGGGGUGCCUGGAGCUGAAGGAGACACGUGGCCCCUGUCCCUGGGGAGCAUGGGCUAUGAUGAUGCUGAAGAGGUGUCUCUGGCACAUCCCCCUGAGGACACAAUGGCUGUGACACCGGAGCUCUGUGCACAACAGUCCCCGAGCCCAAGGCCAUGA